ACAACAAGUUGCCGUUUGCACUAUCCUUGCUGUCCUUGCCACCCCUCUCACUGAUGUGCAGCACUUUGCGGUUGCACAGCUAAUGAAGUUACAACCGAAAAUCACUUUAAAUACAGUUUUUUGUGAACAUCGAAAAGUAGCCGCAUUGCAAAUUCAACGCCCACACUGAUCACAGUUUUUUGGCCUCGGCUGCAGAGCAAGAAAACAGAAAAUGACGGUACCAAAUCAAAGUGAGUACACGAAUAUAGAGUUGUCCACGCUCGAGAUAGCAAGCACCAAUAAGACAGAUACCAUUUACUCUAUCAAACCGGAUUUUAUAACGCAAUGGCGACAAAAGAAAGAGCGCGAAAAUAUUUGCAAAUCUAUAUUCAAUCGUUUUGUCGAGCACACCGAGUGUAAGCGCCUCUUAGAGGCCGCUCAGCUCUAUCAUCCUUUCAUUGGCGAGAACGGCGAGCUGAGCAUGUGGAACUCUGAUGGGGAAAUGGACAUGCUGAUGGCCUACAAUAAUCGUAGCCUGAACCAGAGCCUGUUGGAUGACUACACGAAUGCUACUACACACGAGCCAACGCCAUCGCAGGUUCUGCCACCUUUUGCGCUCUGGCAGAGCAUACUGAUCGCGUUGUGCUUGUCGAUCUGCAUCAUUCUAACGAUAGGCGGCAACGUGCUUGUGCUGCUCGCCUUCAUUGUGGAUCGAAAUAUUAGACAGCCGAGCAAUUAUUUUAUUGCUUCAUUGGCCGCAACGGAUGUGCUAAUUGGUUCGGUCUCAAUGCCCUUCUACACCAUAUACGUGCUAAUGGGCUACUGGGAUUUGGGUCCGCUGUUGUGUGAUCUUUGGUUGUCUGUCGACUACACAGUGUGUCUGGCAUCGCAGUAUACAGUGCUACUGAUAACCAUCGACCGUUAUUGUUCGGUAAAGAUCGCUGCCAAGUACCGUAGCUGGCGUACGAGAAAACGUGUAAUCUAUAUGGUCACCAUAACCUGGAUCAUACCAGCGCUUUUGUUUUUCAUAUCCAUAUUUGGCUGGGAGCAUUUUACGGGUAAACGUGACCUCUUACCGGGCCAGUGUGCUGUGCAAUUUCUCAAGGAUCCCGUUUUCAAUACAGCGCUUAUUAUUGGCUAUUACUGGACUACACUUGUGGUGUUGUUCGUGCUGUAUGGUGGUAUAUAUCGCACCGCUUACGAAAUGCAGAAACGUAGCGAGGCCAAACAGCGAAAAAUGCAAUCGAUGGUGGCGCUGAGUGCGGGCGCCAUGUCCGGCAUGGCGGGCCAUGCAGCAGGCAUAGGUGUCAUCGAAGAAAAGAUAUUGAAAACCCAGGUAGAGAUCGGCGGCAUAACGAGCAAGGAUGGUAGCAUUUGCAGUGGUGGUAUUAAGCGUGGAUCCGGCCAGAUGAACCCCAUGACGCAAGCAGAAGCCAUAAACGGCACAGUAGCCGAUGCCAUCAAUGAACAACGUCGCAUUUCCGAAUGCAAAACGGAAAACGGCAAGCGCGAUGGCAAUUCGGGUGAAACAGAAAAGAGUGAACGAUCGAGUAGCCCGGCCUUCGAUUCCGAUGAGGAAAGUUCUGUCAAUCAAACGCAGCAAUUGGCUAAUCAGCAAAAACUAGCAAAUCUGCGUAAGCGCUCUUCAAUUGGACUGGUGUUCGGCGCACAGGCGGCGUUGAUAGCUACGCGUAGUAAAGGUAAUUUAACACAGUGCUCCGCAAAUUCCAAAUCCAGUGAAACCAUGGCCACAACGGCCACCGCAACAUCCCCCAAUCCGACACGCAGUGGCGUUCUGGUGCGUACUCAAAGCAAAGAAGAAGUGAGCAUACAUUCAGCUGCGAGUGCCGACCGACCCAAACGUACCUCGUGCACAACCCUUACCCAAAUUGUUGAAACUGAGAGCCUACUUGAUGAACAACACCGUACUGCACACCCACCGCCACGCUCCCGUUCCAGCACGAUUGGCAAACUGCACGCUGAGUCGCCGCUCUCACCCGUGGAUAUUGCACCGAUCGAGGUGCCACGUGACCAGGUGCAGCAGUGCUUGGUUCAAGCUAUUCUCCCACCUCCAGAGCAAUUCCAAUGUCCCUCACCCUUUUCCGAGUAUUCGGAUAGACCGUUUGGUGACACCAGCAGUAUUAGUGAGCUCAACAUGACCUAUAACCUGCUAACCAAUUGCUCCGACUUGCGAUUUAUGGACGAAAGUUCUGUUAUGCUUGCAUCGCCUAUCGCCAACGACAGCGUAAACAGCACUCUGCGAAGAGGUACUGCCGCCUAUAUUGAUGCACAGCUCGGUUACGAUCGUGCCAAUCAAGUUGCCACCAAUCCUAAGUUGCUGCAGCAGGCGCUGCAAAAGGCUGCGGCUGCUCAGCAACAACAGCAAAAGUCCAAGACCAAAGCUGCACGCCGCACUUCCCCACCUGGAGCCAACAAUCCUCCCGCUCCACCCAAUGGUAACAAAAGUUCCACAACCGAAAACGAAAUAGAUUAUGUCGAAAUUGAGCAACAUCUUCUUGUUUCCUAUACAGGCAUGGAAGAUUUUGUCAAGAUGCGGCGAGAGAGUUGCAUAGAAGCUAUAAGCCUGCUUACUCUCAGCGAUCAAGCCAAGUUGGGCGAUGAUACGGCGAUCUCCAAAGAUAUACGACGCAGUUCGAGCCCACUGGAGACGCAUGCGCGACGCACAUCCACCACAACAGCUGCCGCAGCGCCCUCCGUAACCACCGUGACAAUGUCAAUGCAAAAUCAAGUAACGACAACCGUUACUACUGCUGCGCCACCAGCGCAGCUGGAAAAAAUCGAUGAACGCGAAACAUCCGAGGCGACUACAACCAUCAACAAAAACGGCGCGUACACGGAAAAAAAUUUAGGUGCCGAUUCCACGACGCCUGCGCCAGUGAGUCUCACACAAAAUGCAAACACUACCAGCACGGUAUUGGUGGCAGGCGCCGGCAUCAGCACGACCUGCGGCAGCAGUAGUAGCACUUCGAAUACCAACAACAAGCCAUCAAGUGUUAAAUCGCACACACAAGCCGGUGGUGAAGUAACCAGCCGAAAUUCAAGUAAACGAGACUUCAUACAAUCUAUAGGCAAGCAUUUCAAAAGUAAAAAGAAGUUGCCCAUAAUCAUCGGUGGUGGACGACAGAAAUCGAAAUCAGAGAAUCGAGCGCGCAAAGCGUUUCGUACGAUCUCCUUCAUACUCGGCUGUUUCGUGGCGUGUUGGACGCCAUACCAUGUGUUGGCGCUGGUGGAAGGCUUCUGUCGAAAUCCACCCUGCACAAAUGAGCAUCUCUAUAUGUUUUCGUACUUUCUCUGCUAUGCGAAUAGUCCGAUGAACCCAUUUUGCUAUGCGCUCGCGAAUCAGCAAUUCAAGAAGACUUUUACGCGCAUACUCAAAGGAGACUUUCAUAUGACAUAAGGGAAUUGUGGCAAGGAAAACGGGAGCCGGUAGGGUGUAUGGCCGGUAGGGGGUGGUGGGGGUGUUAGAAAGAAAUGCAGCUCUCUUAAAAUGCGUUUUCGAGUGACAAAGUGUAUGUAUGUAUUUAUGUGCUGUUUUUGAUUUUUCUUAGAGAUUACGAGUACUGAAAUAUAUUUGACGACCACGGUUUGGUGUGACACCUAAUGAGCCCUAGGAACUAUGCACCAGUUGCCGGGGCUGUCAGAUAUGUUGAAAUUUUUGUUUUGUAGAAAACGCUUUUAAAAGAGUUGCUCAUCUCAGUUUUCGUGCAAUUAUGAUACAAAAUUGUAGCGUGCUAGAGGUAUGAGCGAUCAGAGUUUAUGGUGCCAGAGAAAGGGUAUCAUGGAUUAGCAAGAAUGAUAGAAUACAAGAUU